GGAUGGAACUCACCACUCACCCAGAAAACUUCAAAAUGUUUUUCUCAUUUCUGCCAAGUUUAGGCAUUCGUAAAGGUUCAAUCAUCAGUUCGCUAUUCCGUCGUCCGAAAAUAGUGUCUGCCUUGUUAAAUUCGUCAGUCACGCGGUCGGGAUCUACUAAUUUCGUAUUACGCCAUCGCCAUAGGAUGAACGUAGCCUACUUCCGCCAGCUGCCCAACGAAGAGCAAUGCGCAAUCUGUUUCCAUCUGUCCAGCGAACGUUAUCGGAUCGACAAGGUGUUCAACUUCUCGCGGAACGUCACGGAGAAUAUCGAUGCCAGCCUUGAAAGGAUGCGAACCAAUAUCGAGAAGGAAGUGAAGAAAAAGUACAACAGAAAGAAGAAAAGUAAAACGGAAACCGGAAGCGCUCAAGAAAUGCAAGAUGUGCCGAAUGUAAGCGUUCGAUUGUUUGACGUGAAGAAUGGAAAGGAUGUUGGCAACAUAGCAAUUUCGGAUCUGUUGAACAAGAUCCAAGACGAGGAAAACAUCUUGCUGAAAAUUAUGGAUGAUGAUUUCCGGAUAGACUUCAAUUCGCCUGUUGUUCAGGCCAUUCAUCUACCUCAAUCUAUUUUGGCGGGAUUUUACGUGUAUCCUUCUAAGCUGGAACUGUUGUUUGCUGAGUUGGGUCAGUCCGAAUUCCAAUGGUACCGGGGAGAAAUGCCCAAGUCGAACAACAAUCAGCAAAUUGAAUGGACUCUGGUAGGAAGUGGGUUUUCAUACAUGGCCAAGCUGGAAGAUGUGGGGUGUCACCUCAAAGCGGUUUGUACUCCGGGAAAUCCUAUUAAAGUUGGACCAUCGGCGGAGAUAAUUUCCUCUUGCGUAGUCCAAGCGGGACCCGGACAAUGCCCGUUCGAAAUUCGUCAUCUAUUUACGCAAAACAAAUUGGCGAACGAUUAUCAAUUUCGAGUAGUUACUUACAAUAUCCUGGCGGAUCUAUACGCGGACAGUGAUUAUAGUAGAAAUGAGUUGUUCGGGUACUGCCCCAAUUAUGCACUACAUAUAGACUACCGGAAGCAGCUGUUCAUCAAGGAAAUUCUUGGAUACAACGCGGACAUUAUUUGUCUGCAAGAAGUCGAUAGUAAAAUCUAUGAUUUCGAUCUCACAACUGUACUACGUUUGUUCAGCUUCGAAGGACACUUUAAAGCAAAAGGAAAAACUGCAGAAGGUUUAGCGACAUUUUAUAAUGCGCAACGGUUUCAAGAAUUGGAUCGACAAGGCAUUACAUUCGGCGAAAAUUUGGAAUCCGCUCCUGCGUUUCAAUGUCUUUGGAAUCAAAUAAAAAACAAUGAAAAGCUAGCAGUUCGAAUCAAAGAUCGAUCAACGGCUAUCCAAGCGACCCUGCUGCGUUCCCGUUCGGUGCCCAAGAAGCAUUUGCUGGUAGCUAACACCCACUUUUAUUUCCAUCCUGACGCAGAUCACAUACGGCUUCUGCAGGGUGGGUUUUCAAUGCUUUACAUACGAGACCUGUAUGAAAAGUAUGAACGAGAAAUGAGUUUAGAUAGAAACGAUUUUGCAAUCGUAUUCUGCGGAGAUUUCAACAGCGUGCCGGAAUGUGGGAUGUACCGUUUAAUGACGGAACGGUUUGUCGGCGAUGAACUGGCGGAUUGGUUGAGUAACGAGGAAGAAGCAGUUCGCGGUGUGACUCUUUCGCAACCAUUUUGGUUCAAAUCAGCUUGCGGAUGUCCAAAAUAUACCAAUUACACCGUUGGAUUUAAAGCGUGCAUCGAUUAUAUCUACUAUCAGAGUGAUGCAUUGAAGGUGAACGAUGUGGUGCCCCUUCCCAGUGAGGAGGAACUAAUGGCGUACGAUGCAAUUCCAUCACCGGUACUUCCAUCGGAUCAUAUUGCAUUGGUGGCUAGUCUUGAAUGGAGUAACAAAUCGUGAUGAACAAAAAUAGCUUUAAUUGUAUUUACUACAUAUAGUAAAUUUGUAUUAAGAGCAAUCAUCUAAUGAUUUUAAAUCUAA